CUUCGAGCCGCCACGUAACGCCACGUCCCCGCGCAUGCGCACCGCGGCUGCUGGCGGUGGUGUUUCCGGGCUCCGGGGGCUGGAGAGGCUGCUGAGGAGGCGGCGGCGGUGGCGGAGGCCGGGGAGUGCGACGAGCCGGCUCGGGGGGCUAGGCCCUGCGGGGGGAGAGGGGCGGUCGUGUUCUCUUCGGCAGAGGGGCUGGUGAAGCCGGCGGCUGAGCGACGAGAUGAAUUUCCUCCGCGGGGUGAUGGGGGGUCAGAGUGCCGGACCCCAGCACACUGAAGCCGAGACGAUUCAGAAGCUCUGUGACCGCGUAGCUUCCUCUACUUUACUGGAUGACCGAAGAAAUGCUGUGCGUGCCCUUAAAUCACUCUCUAAGAAAUACCGCUUAGAAGUGGGAAUCCAAGCUAUGGAACAUCUUAUCCAUGUUUUACAAACGGAUCGUUCGGAUUCUGAAAUAAUAGCAUAUGCUUUGGACACACUUUAUAAUAUAAUAUCUAAUGAUGAAGAGGAAGAAUUAGAAGAAAAUUCUACAAGACAGAGUGAGGAUUUGGGAAGCCAGUUUACAGAAAUUUUCAUUAAGCAGCCAGAAAAUGUCACUCUCCUGUUAUCUCUGUUGGAGGAGUUUGAUUUCCACGUCCGUUGGCCUGGCGUGAGACUCCUGACUUCUCUCUUAAAGCAGCUAGGGCCUCCCGUGCAGCAAAUCAUCCUAGUCAGCCCCAUGGGUGUUUCAAGAUUAAUGGACUUACUAGCAGAUUCCAGAGAGAUUAUACGAAAUGAUGGUGUCUUAUUACUGCAGGCAUUAACAAGGAGCAAUGGAGCAAUCCAGAAAAUUGUUGCUUUUGAAAAUGCUUUUGAGAGACUACUGGACAUUAUUACAGAGGAGGGGAACAGUGAUGGAGGUAUAGUAGUGGAAGAUUGUUUGAUUUUGCUCCAAAACUUGUUAAAAAACAACAAUUCCAAUCAAAACUUUUUUAAAGAAGGCUCUUAUAUUCAACGCAUGAAGCCUUGGUUUGAAGUUGGAGAUGAAAACUCUGGUUGGUCAGCACAGAAAGUGACUAAUCUACAUUUAAUGCUACAGCUUGUGCGGGUACUGGUAUCUCCUACCAACCCUCCCGGUGCUACCAGUAGCUGCCAGAAGGCCAUGUUCCAGUGUGGGCUACUACAGCAGCUUUGCACUAUCCUGAUGGCUACUGGGAUUCCUGCUGACAUCCUGACGGAGACCAUAAAUACUGUAUCAGAAGUUAUUCGAGGCUGCCAAGUAAACCAAGGCUACUUUGCUUCUGUGACUGCACCUUCAAAUCCCCCACGACCCGCGAUUGUUGUGCUGCUCCUGUCCAUGGUCAACGAGCGGCAGCCGUUUGUGCUGCGCUGCGCCGUGCUCUACUGUUUCCAGUGCUUCCUGUAUAAAAACGAGAAAGGACAAGGAGAGGUUGUGGCCACUCUCCUGCCUUCCACCAUCGAUGCAACAGGUAACUCAAUCUCAGCCGGUCAGCUGCUCUGUGGAGGUUUGUUUUCUACAGACUCUCUCUCAAACUGGUGUGCUGCUGUGGCCCUCGCCCAUGCACUGCAGGGGAAUGCCACCCAGAAGGAGCAACUGCUCAGGGUUCAGCUGGCCACCAGCAUCGGCAACCCUCCGGUGUCACUCCUGCAGCAAUGUACCAACAUUCUCUCCCAGGGAAGCAAAAUACAGACAAGAGUCGGGUUGUUGAUGUUGCUCUGUACCUGGCUAAGCAACUGUCCUAUUGCUGUAACACAUUUUCUUCACAACUCAGCCAAUGUUCCAUUCCUUACAGGACAGAUUGCAGAAAAUCUUGGAGAAGAAGAGCAGUUGGUCCAAGGCUUAUGUGCCCUUCUUUUGGGCAUUUCAAUUUAUUUCAACGAUAACUCACUAGAAAACUACACGAAAGAGAAACUAAAGCAACUAAUAGAGAAGAGGAUUGGCAAAGAGAAUUUCAUAGAGAAACUAGGAUUUAUUAGCAAACAUGAGUUAUAUUCCAGAGCAUCCCAGAAACCCCAGCCAAACUUUCCGAGUCCAGAGUACAUGAUAUUUGAUCAUGAGUUUACAAAGCUGGUGAAAGAACUCGAAGGACUUAUUACCAAGGCUAUUUAUAAGUCCAGUGAAGAAGAUAAGAAAGAAGAAGAGGUAAAGAAAACCUUAGAGCAGCAUGAUAACAUUGUAACUCACUAUAAGAAUAUGAUCCGUGAGCAAGACCUACAGCUGGAGGACCUAAAACAGCAAGUCUCCACCCUGAAAUGUCAGAACGAGCAGCUGCAGACAGCAGUCACCCAGCAGGCAUCUCAGAUUCAGCAGCACAAGGAUCAGUACAAUCUCCUCAAAGUUCAGCUUGGAAAAGACAAUCACCAUCAAGGUUCCCACAGUGAUGGGGCUCAGGUGAAUGGCCUUCAGCCGGAAGAAAUCAGUCGACUGAGGGAGGAGAUAGAAGAGUUAAAAAGUCAUCAGGCGCUCUUACAAAGCCAGCUAACUGAAAAGGACUCAUUGAUUGAAAAUUUGAAAUCUUUGCAAGCGUCUGGCAUGAGUGAACAGGCUUCAGCGACAUGUCCUCCCAGAGAUCCCGAGCAAGUUGCAGAGUUAAAACAGGAACUGACUGCAUUGAAGUCCCAGUUAUGUUCACAGUCUCUGGAGAUCACGAGACUCCAGACAGAGAACUGCGAGCUGCUGCAGAGAGCAGAGGCCUUGGCAAAAUCAGUUCCUGUAGAAGGAGAGAGUGAGCAUGUGAGCGCUGCUAAAACCACGGAUGUAGAAGGAAGGCUGUCCGCCUUGCUGCAGGAGACCAAAGAGUUAAAGAAUGAGAUUAAAGUCCUGUCUGAGGAGCGGACCGCCAUUCAAAAGCAGCUGGACUCCUCCAACAGCACCAUCGCCAUCCUGCAAACCGAGAAAGACAAGCUGGACCUGGCAGUUACGAAUUCUAAGAAAGAACAAGAUGAUUUUUUGGUGCUGUUAGCAGAUCAAGAUCAGAAAAUCCUGUCACUGAAGAGUAAACUCCAGGAUCUCGGUCAUCCAGUUGAAGAAGAUGAUGAAUAUGGAGACCAAGAAGACGACGAUGAUGAAAUUGACGAUGGUGACAAGGACCAGGACAUCUAGCUUUAAACCCUAGGAAUGAUAGAAAUUAUGCCAUUAUGUCGAAGAAGUCUUAAGACAGUGCUUUGGUUUGCCUCCACAAAAAAAAAUAAAGACAGAACCAGGUGGAAAUCAUUCACUAAUAAAACCAUUGAUGUAUGUUUUUUAAUAUUGCCACCCAUGUGGAAAACUGACUUCAUGUGGAAGUUUUAUUUAUGUUCAUCUGAACUUUCCCAAAAUAAAAUUUGCACAGGGCACCAGGCUCCAAAAAUACUCCCUUCGAAGGCAUGUGUGGUGGCAAUGCAGUUUGCCUUAUUGGUUCACUGAUUGCUUUCAGACAGACUCUGUGACUUCAGUACUAACACGUUUGAUUAAUGUGUAUUGGAUGGGAAUCAUAAUUUCUAAAUCAGCGUUUGAGUUGUCAGCUGAUUAAUCCUUGUAGAGAAAGGACUGUACUUAGGGUAGCCUGGGCUUGGGGCUCCUGUGUGUCACCCCUUCAACCCUCUACUGUGCCUCCCCGAGAUCAGGAUGGGACAGUUCACAGUGAGUGCUUGCCGUCCAGCAGGGCCACAUUCUGCCUACUGAGAGGAAAGACUGUCCCAGAGUGUGGAGGGCGUUCUGAGAAACUGGAACAGUGUAUUAAUGCGGCUGUUUUUCUCUCUGUUUAAGCUAAAGAUGGAAAACAGAUUAUAGUCAGCAGUUCAUACAGCUGGGAUUUAGGAUUAUUUGAUUAUCAUAAAACAUGUUCUUAAUUUUUAAAAAAACCCACACUAUGAUUUAUGUAAUUUAUUGGCAUUUUUGCUGAAUAGGUGUAAGUCAGAUAAUAGAUUUUUAAAAAGCAAAUGAAGCAAUGUGUCAAAGUCUAAUGUUUUCAUAAUAAAAAUAGAUAUUAUGUUCACUUAA